UUCAGCAACACUUCAAUGCUACCCCAGCUAUGGAGAUUUUUACCAUAGUGUGUAUUUUAUUCUACUUGGUAAGAAGUUGGGGACAGGAGCAAACGUAUGUUGUUUUUGCACCUAAAGCAUUCUAUGUUGGCACCUCUCAAAAUGUUGUGAUUCAAGUUCAUGGGUAUACAGAAUCAUUUUCUGUGUCCAUUGCUCUAAAAAGUUAUCCUGACAAAAAUUUCACAUAUUCUCAUCGCCAAGUUAAUUUAUCUCCAGAAAAUGCAUUCCAAAGCGCUGCAAGCUUGACUAUACAACUAAAAGAUGUGUCUGGAGGACACGUCACAGCUUCACAUGUCCAUUUAGAAGUUGUCUCUGAUUAUUUUUCAAAAGUAACACAAAUUCCACUACGCUAUGACAAUGGAUACAUCUUCAUCCACACAGAUAAAUAUGCUUAUUUUCCAUUUGAAAAGUCAGUAAAAGUUAGAGUUUAUUCAUUGAAUGAAGACCUAAAGCCAUCAAGGAGAAAAGUAGUCUUAACUUUUAUAGAUCCAAAAGGGACAGAAUUUGUUGAAGUAGGAAAAAAUACAUAUCCUGGAGUUAUCACUUUUCCUGACUUCAAGAUUCCGUAUAAUCCUAAUUAUGGCAUAUGGACACUUAAAGCUAAAUAUAAAAAGGACUUCACGACAACUGGAACUGCCUAUAUUGCGAUCAGAGAAAAUGUUCCAGUGAGUACACCCUUCUAUAUUUUAUUAGAACCAGAAGAAAAAUUGAUUAACCGUAAAAACAUUGAGGAUUUCAAGAUUACUGUAAAAGUUCGAUAUACUAAUAAUUAUAGAAAUGUGCCUGAGGCUGUAGUCUUUGCCUUUUUUGGAAUAAGAGGAGACUUUGAUGAUAAUGGAAAUGAAAUGAUGUUUGCAGGAAUAGAAAAGAAAAUGCUUAUUAAAGGAGUUGCAGAAAUACAUUUUAAUACUUCAAAGGCAAUUUACUCACUAAAUAAAACGAUAGAAGAUUUAAACAACAAAUACCUUAAUAUAUUUGUGGAAGUAGAAAAAACUGGAUCUACACUUGAGUAUACAAAUCAAGUAGCUGAUGUCAAGUACCAACUUUUCCCCUACACACUGGAUUUGGUUGCUACUCCUCUUUUUUUGAAGCCUGGGUUCCCAUUUUCCAUUAAGGUGCAGGUGAAGGAUGCCUUUGGUAAAUUUGUAUCUGGGAUUGAAGUAAUUUUGAAAGCAAAGACAGUAGAUAAAACUCAGGAGAAGACAAAUCUGAACCUAAGAAAAAGCACAACAAAUUAUGAUGGAGUAGCAUCAUUUGUGAUUCACAUUCCCUCUGAUGUGACAACACUGGAGUUUCAUGUCAGAACGGAUGAUCCAAAACUUCCAGAGGAAUAUCAGGCUAGCAAUGACUAUCAAGCAGUGGCUUACUCAACACACAGCCAAAGUUUCCUAUUCCUCAGUUGGCCUGACAGUUAUAAGAGUUUGCCGGUGGGAAAACAUCUCAGCAUAACUGUCACUCCUAAAAGUCCUUUUGUUGACAGAAUUACACACUACAAUUACCUGAUAUCAUCUAAGGGUAAAAUAGUACACUUCGGUUCAGAGAAGAAACUCCCAGGUUUAUCUUCCCAACUUUUGAACCUUACCCUAACUCAGCACAUGGCUCCUACUGCCUGUCUCCUCGUCUAUUACUUUGUCACAGAAGAUCAGAUGACAGAAUUAGUGUCUGAUUCAGUCUGCCUAAAGACUGAAGAAAAAUGUGGUAACCAGCUCAAGAUUCUUCUGUCUCUAAAUACACAUUCUCGGGGCAGAGGUGUUUCUCUUACUAUGGAAACUCAAUCAGAAGCCUGGGUAGCAUUAUCAGCCGUGAACACUGCUACAUAUCAAGAUGAAGAAAGAGUCAAAAAUUCCAUGGAAAGAAUACUUCAGUCUUCACACAAAAGUGGUCCGGCGUGUGGAUCAGGUGGUGGCAGGAAUAAUGUUGAGGUGCUCUACUCCACGGGACUCACUGUCCUUACUAAUGUGCAUGCAGAUAACUCCCAACAAGAUGGUGCAUCAUUUAAAAAAAUUCUCAGAUCAAAAAGAGAAUGGAAGGAUGAAGUAGAUCGAAUGGUAUCCAGAUACAAACACAUGGUGAUCCAGAAAUGCUGUCGUGAUGGAACCCAUAAAACAGAGGAAAGCUGUGAGACAAGAGCUGCUCGGGUUGACAUUGGCCCCAGUUGUGUCAAAGCCUUCUCUGAUUGUUGUGAUCAGGCAAGACAACUGAGGGGUGAGAAAACUCAUCAUGGUUUCCUAUUAAGAGCGUCAGGAGAAACAAUGAAGGUACGCAAAGAAUUUAUAUCAGAAAACUUGUUAUGGAAUGUGCAUCAUGUUUUCCAAAGGCAUCAGGUGAAUUUCAUGCUACCUACUUAUCUAAGUGUCUGGGGAUUCCAAGGCAUCGGCAUUUCAGAAAAAGGUCUGUGUGUUACUGAUGUGCAGCACCUGUGGAAUUUUCAAGGGCACUUUCUGAACAUAAACCCAGAAGACAACUGAGAGGCCACUUACAACACCCAGACUCUAGGAUCCUGUAACCAAAAUGAUGGUUGGUGUUCUGGCAGUCAUCUGACUAAGAGGCAACAGUGAAAAUGGAAGAUUGAUGAUGUGGAGGAACAAAAAUUAGUCCUUAUCUCUGAUGACCCAUGGAGAUGCCAUCCCAGAUUUUUCUUUCUUUCAUAUGAAAAAUAAACUUUGUUCUCAUUUAAGCAACA